AUGGUUAACGUGCCUGCAGAUAAAAUGUUCACCCCCGGAGUAUCCUUAACAGGCAGUUGUAAUGAGGGCUAUGUUUCAGUAUCUGGACAAAUUAAUGCAACGUGCAACCCUGAUUUUCAAACAGUUGUUUCCGACACAUGCUGUAAAGUUCUUCAAAAUAUCACAGUUGGCAAGCCUACAGAACAAUCAUCAACCUUUUGGGGGUUCGAAUCUGGUUUAGCAGUGGAUGGAAAUAGAAACACUGAUAUUGACGCUAACUCUUGUACGACAACAGCUUCUGAUGACGCCAACCCAUGGUGGAGGGUUGACCUUUUGAAUGUUUACUACAUUGUUAGUGUUAGAAUGCUGAACCGGGGAAUGGAUCAAUAUGGAAUUGAUGUGUCUGGUCGCCUUCGUAACGUUUCCAUAACAACUGGAGAGAUCGUGUCAAAUACCUCAACAUUGUGUGGUUUCUAUGCUGGUCCUGGAUCACUUGGUGAACUGGUCACUAUUAUCUGCCCGCCCUCUACCACUGGACGCUACGUUAAAAUCUCCUUGGUCACCGCAUAUUUGACCCUAUGUGAAGUGGACGUUUUUGUUGUUCCAGUAUAAAGGGCAAACUGACAAAUAUUUUUAAUUA